GCUAACACACUAUAAGCUUCACAAUAUCAUGAAGGUGUACUUGAUGAAUAUCAGAUGUGCUAUAGCAGAAAUUACCAGAUUUGCAAAAGCUUGUAGCACAGUUUUUCACAUUCAGCGGAGUCAACCAAGUGAGUGGUCCGAUCGCGAAGGCGGCAUGAAUGGCAAUAUAAUCUCCGAGUUCCCAAAUUACCACAUUUUUCUCAACCUAUUUACGUGAAACCGCCAACUCCUAAGACGACAGGUCAGCAGGUCAUCCGUCAACCAGAGGGCACUUUGGGGAUUACGUUAAAAAAUAGCCGUUAAUUUCUUCUUCUCAAUCAUGUCCCAGUUUCAACGUUCAAAGUAGAGACGCCUAAAAAGAGGAAAUGAAAAGAAAGCAAGAAGAACAAGACAUUACACAGUUGUGGGUUAGUUCUGUCGUCAGGCCGGUUUUGGGUUUCUUGCACUUUUCAUUUACUGAACAAAGUUGGUUAGUCCACCACUCUGGAACAAGUAGUUAUUAAAAGGGUGUGAUGAAUUACCAGAUGCUAAAGGCAAAGCAGGCUUUACAGUUGGCAUUCCUUCUGGGUGUUUGCUUCUGGUUGCUAUACCAGAUUGAGCACUCACAACAUGGUGUUAGUGUUUUGGGGCGUAAAGGGGAUGUAGGGUGGUCUAGUGUGGAUAUGAAUCUUGUGGGAGAAGAUGAAAAAAGGAAAGAGGAUGGAGGAGUUGGAGAUGAUGAAUUAGAUGGAAAUUUUGAAGAAGAAUUUGGAAAGGAACUGGAACGACAGCAUAUGGUAUUUCUAAACAAUGAGGAAAAUAACUCUGAUGUUGAAGUCAUUAGCAAAACAGAUGAAGCAGUGGGCUUAUACAAGCAUUUGGAUCAAGGAGUCUAUUCCAAGAAAGAAAAUAAUGAUUCAUGGGGAAACUUUAAAAAACAAGUUAACAAGGGAGUUGACAAGGAUUUAGAAAGAGUACAACUUAAGGAACCAGAAAAGAAUAAGGAAAUUACUGAUGAUACUCUUAAACAAGACCAAGAUAUUGAAGCAGGCAGCUUAAUUAGGGAGAAUGAAGAAGAUAAAAACAUUAUAGAAAGCAAACAGGAGAUUGGAGUGGCCAAUAAUGGUACUGUUGUUGGCAGAAGCGAAAUGUUGGAUGGAGUCCAUGGCUUUCAUGAUGAGAAUGGGGUUCCACAAGAUGGUAACGAUCCUUUAGAGUCAAGAGAUGAUCAUGCAAACAUUCUACAUCAAGAAACCUUUUUAAAUUCAAGUAAUUAUCAUAGUAGAUUCAGUGAAGAAGUUGCAUCCCAAGAAGACAUGUUAGCUGCUGAUCAUGGAGAAACUAAAGAAUAAAAGCAGCUUAGAAGACUCAAAGAGUCAUGCAGUAAUUAAUCACUUCUCAAAUUAACCUCAUGCAUCAAUCAUGUUUCAGAAGCAACACAAGAAGAUAGAUUAAUUAGACACAGAAGAUCCUCAUUCUAUUUCUUAGCAACACAUUCAUGUGGAGCUCACAAACACAAAGAUCUGCCCAUUUGGUUAUCUAAGCACCCUAGCCUCACUGCUAUAUCACAUGUGAGGUUUUAGUUCCAGUCAGGGGAGAAACAAUUUUUUAUUUUUUUUAUUACCUUUUACCAUGUUGAAUUUAUAUUAGCUCUGCAAUUGAAGUAAUUUUUCGAACCAAA